AUGACAGAAGCGUUGUGGGCAUAUCAUACAACUUACAAGACGCCAACUAAAGCCAUUCCCUACGCAAUAGUGUUCGCCGUUAAAGUAGUGUUGCCACUGGAAAUCGCAGUAUCAUCACUUCGAGUAGUUGUCCAGCAUGAGCUUACUCAGGAGAAAAAUGUUCGACUAAAGAUUGAAGUGCUCGGCGUAUUGAAUGAAAUUAGGGUGCAGGCUGAACAAUGUCCCAAGGAAGGAUGCCCUAUCCGCAUGCACAGUUACUGCCGAAUGAAAAUUUUCAAGCGUAAGGUUGCAAGAGUUUGUCCUGGCUGUGGUACUGAAUGGCACCCUUCUGAUGGCAUUGAUGAAGUGGAAGAAAAGGUGAUAGAGGCACCACCCCAGAUUAAUGAGGCCUUAAACAUUCCCAUUCCAACCAGAAAGAGGACAAGAAACUUGAAAGCAGAAUUGGUUUCAGCUGAUGAAGCUCAAAGCCAAAUCCCUCCUGGUCCUGUUCUGAGGAAGAGAUUGAGGAGCUGCAAAAAUGAAACCUUGGAACCUUCAGAUGCAGAAUCAUCCCAGUCAUUCCCUGCUUCCACUAUUGGCGUAAGAACUCGCCGAUCCGCACGCAUAUAGUCCAUAUUUUCUCUGCUACUUCUAUUGAGCAUUAGCAUGAACUGUGUUUCAUUUUUUGUUAUGUACAUAACAUAUAUGCAAACUUUUAUUUCUGCUUCUGCUUUUUCUUGUUGGACUCUGGAUUUUCUUAGAAGAGUUAACUGGAAGCAAUGCUUAACCUGUAUCUGUUUUUUUGGUUCAUUUUAGUGCUGAGCUGCUUUUGCAAGGCGUACGGCCUUUUAUUCUUA